AUGUCGUCUACUGAACAAUCACAUUCUCAUUCAAAAAACCGAAAUAAAGAUAAAAACAAAUGUCGUUUGCGUUUACGUCAUCUUCAUAUACAUAGUCAUAGAAGAUCUGUCUUAGAUAUUCCAAAUACACACACAAAUAUAUCGAAUGACUCUGAAAGAAGUCAACCAUCUAGAAAUUUGACUGAACAAGAAAUUCAACAACGUCAUCUUAUUCAACAAUAUAUUUUUUCUAAACUCGAAGCUUAUGCCAAUAAACCUCGUAUUUGGCAAUUAACACAUUCAUCACAUAUAAAACAACGUCUUCUUGAUAAAUCACGAAAUAUAUCAAAUCUCUAUUCUUUACCAACUGAUUUUGUAUAUGAAUCGAUAAAUCAAUUAUUUAUUAGUGUUGAUAAAUAUGUUUCACAAUUACGUCGACUUAUUCAAUCUACAUCGUGUGAAUCAGUUGAUUUAAAUGUUCUAUUUCAAAAAAUAAGAAAACCUAAUAAUCAAUGGCGUUCAUUACAAUUAGAACGUGCAAAACAAAUACUUCCAAAUAUUAACAAUGAAGAAUUAACAGAAAAUGAACUUUUACAAAAAUAUUAUAUUCAUAUUAUUGAAACAUUAACACCAAAACCUGAUACAGCUAGUUCAAAUUGUAUUG